AUGGCAACCCGAACUCCCGCCCUCAAGACCGAGCCCUUCGACAUGGACUCGCUCUUCGACUUUAACCAGAGCACCACCCAGCCCUCGUCUGCCGUCACUGGCACUCCCUCCGCCGCUCUCUCCCCAUUCGACAAGGCUGAGGAGCGCCAGCAGUUCAAUGGCCCGAGCCAUGACUACAACAUGCACAAGCAGCAGGUUGGCCUCCCGGUCGGAAGCCUGGCCAACAUGCCCUCGCAAUCCAUGUUUGAUGGGUAUGGCUCCGGUUUGAACGACAUGGGCUUCGGAUGGGGCUCCGGCAUCGACCUCGACACCGACAUGAACAUGGACUUCAACAACCCCCAACCCACCAUGCCUGCCAUGUUCUUCCCCCCGCCCACCAACGACAGCCCGUCUGAUGCCUUCAUCAACCCCAACAGUCUUGGUGGCCCCGAGGAGCCGACCAGCAGCGUUGGUCGUCUCUGGCCCGGCAUGCACUCGCAGCAAGCCCAGCAAGCUGCCAUGCAGAAGACCAUGCAGACCCAGGCCGUCCAACAGCGCCAGAUGAAGUUGCAGGCUCAGCACGCUCAGUAUCGUCAACCCGGCCAAGGCCAAGCUGCUUCGCAACAGACUCAAGGCCAUGCCAAACGAGCCUCGAACGCGCCGGAGCCGCAUGUGGAGGAGAGCAUCUCCCGUUUGCUCAACCAAAUGCGCCAGAACAGCUCCGCUUCUGUCUAUGGCGAUGAUGCCGACUCGCCGUCCGACAUGCUUCCCCACAUCGCCCGCAUGAAGAAGGAUGAUGAGGAUAUGGACGACGAUGAACGCCUGCUCGCUUCCGAGGAAGGCAAGAAGUUGUCGAGCAAGGAACGGAGGCAACUCCGGAACAAGGUGUCUGCUCGUGCGUUCCGGUCUAGGAGGAAGGAAUACAUCUCUCAACUCGAAGGCGAAGUUGCCAUCAAGGUUCAAGAGAGCGCCGACCUGCGCACCGAAAACACUGCUCUGAUGCAGGAGAAUGAACGCUACCGAACGUUGAUUGAAACCCUGCUGCGCCACCCGGCCUUCACGCCUUUCAUCAACGACAUCAGCAAGGAUCCAUCCCUUCUCGGUCCGCCGCCUCCCCAACAACAACAGCAGCAGCAGCAGCAGCCCCCGGCACCUCAGCAGCAACCGCCUCAGCAACAGGGCCAACAGCAGCAACAGUCCUACCAGCAACCCCCUCAACAAGACUCCAAGCCCGACUUCAUGAACUUUGACGCCUCUCAACUUCAGAUGCCGGGCCAGGAGCAACAACAGCCGCAACAGCACACCGAACGCAUCAACCGCGCCACCCUCCCGGAAAAUGACUUCAGCAAACUCAACAUCAACGGCUUCAACAACGCCAACGCCUCCAUGAACUUCAACUCGUACUCUGUCAACGCUUACCCGGUUCUCGACGUCCCCUCUGGCCCUGACCCCGCUCUCCUCCUCUCCCAAUCUUCUGCGCCUUCCGAUCUCGAUGAUGUUUUGGCUCAACUCGAGGGUGCGGCCAGGAAGUUGCGGUAUGCGGAGAUGGGGCGGUUGGUUUAG